CGAGGGAGUUUAGCUAAUUAGCUACGAUUCGAACAAGACUUGUCUGUUGACGUUGUUGUGCUGGGAGAAAUAACGUUACUUGUAUGUCUCCCAGCACAAUGUCAAAAGGCAAUUAUUGGUUGAAUUGCACCUGACAAUUAUCUAGCCAGCUAACUAAUCAUUCGCUUUGCGACCUAGUCGCAAUGUGGCCCAUUUGCACUGUUAACUAACCUACCUGCUAAGUGAACCAAGUAGUGAAGGCUACUACGGUCUCAGGCAGUGACAUGGCCAACCCUCUGAGGAGUGAGGUUAGACAGCUGUACAAGAAUCUCCUGUUUUUGGGACGGGAAUACCCCAAAGGCGCAGAAUACUUCAGGGAACGUCUGAAGGGUGCCUUUAUGAAGAACAAAGAUGUCACAGACCCUAAGGAGAUCAAAAAGCUAGUCGACCGUGGGGAGUUUGUGAUCAAGGAACUGGAGGCCCUGUACUAUCUGAGGAAGUACAGAGCCAUGAAGAAGCGUUACUACGAAGAAGAAUUGUCCUCCGUGCUGAAUAUAGGCAGACCGGUAGACUGAUAGCCUAGCUAUUUGUUGGCUGAAUCUUCCGUGUGCAAGUUUUAGUUUAGCCGUCCCUGAACAAGAGUGUUAUUAGCAACACAAACGUCCUUAAUUAAACACAAAUGUUAGGUAUAUAUUACAGACAAGUGUUAUGAGCUACACUUGCCACCCACCUCGAGCUGUGGAAUGACAUCUACCAAAUGACUUCAUACAGUUCAAAUGACUACAGUUCUCUCGUGUACAUAAUUGUAAAUAAUACAUGAUAGAAUGUAUUGAUAGCGUGUACAAUGUAAUAUAAUUAUAUAAAUGAGACACGGCUAUUACAAAUGAAUGUUUAUUUUAAAUGUACAACACUGAUAGUCCUAUUUUUGAAAUAAAUGAGUCAAGUCAAAGAUACUUCAUUUUUAACAAUCCUAAAUUUACGUGUCUUUUCAAGUCAAUGUGAUGUAGGCUACUACAUACAGUACCUUCAGAAAGUAUUCACACCCAUUGCCUUUUUCCACAUUUUGUUGUGUUACAGCCUGAAUUUAAAAUGUAUUACAUUUAGAUUAGUUUGUCAGUGGGCUACAGAAAUUACCCUAUAAUGUCAAUGGAAUUAUCUUUGAAAUGAACAGAUUAAUUAAAAAUAAAGCUGUCAUGUCUUGAGUCA